UAGUCUCUUUCAAAUGCUCGAAAGCGUUAGAGCAGAAGUGUUGGACUACAUUGCCCAUAGUGCACCGCUACAAGUUUUGCGUCAAGUCUAGUCCGUUGCUUUUUCAAGAUGGCGUCGCUGGGAAGGAGGCGCGGUGUCCCAGUCAACAGGGAGAGGGGAGUGAUGGCGGCGACGGAGUGUUACAUCGUCCACGAGAUCUACAACGGCGAGAAUGCACAGGAGCAGUUCGAGUACGAGCUGGAACAGGCUCUGGAGGCGCAGUACCGUUACAUCGUCAUCGAACCCACGCGCAUCGGAGACGAAACAGCCCGCUGGGUGGCCGUGGGAAACUGCCUGCACAAAACCGCCGUUCUGGCCGGGGCCGCAUGCCUCCUGACGCCACUCGCCCUUCCUGCCGACUACUCCCGUUAUGUGGCGCUGCCGGCUGGCGCUCUUAGCCUGGCCUGCGCCGCGCUCUACGGCAUCUCUUGGCAGUUCGACCCCUGCUGCAAGUACCAGGUAGAGUACGACAGUCAGAAGCUCUCGCGGCUGCCCCUGCACACGCUCACCUCCUCUACGCCGGUGGUUCUGGUUCGACGGGACGACGUGCACAGAAAGAGACUGCACAACACGAUAGCGUUGGCGGCCCUGGCGUACUGUGCCAAGAGGAUCUACGAACUGUACGCUGUAUGAGCGCUAUGGCACAUCCACACACACACGCAUACAGAUACUGACAUACGCGUACACACACACAAACACACGGCAGGGAGGUGAGAAGCACUACUAAACACCCGACACUGGCAGAUACACACACACGUACACACCAAACAAUAACAUACGGACGGACCGACAGUGAGAGUGUUCGAAAACAAAAGGAGACGAGGCUCUUUCUCUGUCACGAUUUUUCAUCUUUUUGAUUUCAACCAGUUAAAGAUUGGACAGAUUGAUGGACGGACGGACGGAUGGAUGGAUGGAUGAGAGGAAGGGUUGGGGGGGAGCUUAUAGUUCUGAAUGAAUCUUCCCCUUUCCUCUGUACUUUAAAAGUGAUAUCACCAGUACACUUGAGCCCUCCUUCCCUGCGCCUGUCCAGCCCCUUCCUCGUCCCGCAGCUCUCCCCAAAACGGUCACCUGCCACCCACACGGAGCUUCCGCACCCAGGCAGCGACCUGUCGGACUGAACGUGUGGUGGACAGACAGAUGUGUUUUAAGAAUGACCUUUGAAUCCUCUCUUUUCUCCCUCUGUGUAGUUUUACUGUACCCUGCCUUUGGUGCGUCACCUUUUCAUUAAACAGUAGGAGAUUUAACCUCA